ACGACAGGCAUGGGCCAGACAAACAGACUGCCACUCGCAUUGCGAGAGUUGCCAGGAGUCAUCCACGGUGACCUAUGGUCAUUCACAGUUCAUCGACGACGGGCGUAAAGCGUUGGUGUUCUUCUUCCAGUCUGUUGACGGAACGCAUCAUCCGAUAUAAUACUAGAGAUACAGACUGCCGAUCGAAGAGCACAACUAGUCCUUUAUCACGGAUAAUCGCUCCUGAUCCUGGUCUGUCAUUUCUGCGUUAUUGACGGUGAUAAAGUGUGUCGGGGCACUUAUCUUCAAGUACUAGAAGAAACAAGGAUAUAUAAUCUUCACUGCUCGGGCAAAGUGACCGAUCAACAGACUAGUCGCGAACUGGCACGUCUUUUUCGGGAAAAUUGAAGGUGAUGUGCGCGGAAAGAUUGACAUAUUGUGUUUUUGUCGCGCGUGAAGAAACAGACGAGCGAGAUCAGAACGUUGAAGGAUAGAAUUGUGAUAGAUGUUCUAAUAGAUACUUCUAAUUUAGAUAAUUAUUUCUAAUAUAACGUAAGAAGUAUCGAAAACACCGGGGCUGAUUGAUAGAAAAGACGCGAUGCACCGUAAAUUUCUGGUCUCCUUCAUCGAAGUUGUCAAAUUCCAACACAGUCGCAUCGAUGCUGAAUAUUUGACACGAGUCGAGCUCGAAAGCGACCAUCGUGACAAUCGUUUCCUUCAAGAUUUUCGCGGUACCAGUGGAAGACGAAGUCGCAGGACGAGAUCGUCGAGUCAUUAAGGACAUUCGAGGAGUUCGCUGCGAUUGUGACUGUCCGCGAUGUUCAUGUUCCUGACGAGAAACCGCAACGCGCGCAGUCGAUCAGGAUCACCGUUAUUCAAGAAUCUCGACCGCCAGUUCGCGAUCAAGUCAUUAAAUUCUCAAAGAUUGUAAGCUGUUUGGAGUGUGAAAUUCUUGGAAUGUGAGCUAAGGCUAAAGUUACCAAACAUUUUCAAUUUGGUGAAAUCCUCGAAUCGUUUGUUCCUCCAAACACUCUCGUCCAGCUCUGAAUAGUCGCGGAACUCUUCACAGCUGAUUGCUGAAAAAAGACGCACGUGUUUUGCAUAAGUGAAAGAAUUUUAGGAACGAAAAUAAAUAUCAAAAACUUUUCUUUUGUCAAUAAAUGUGUGAGAAAGAAACAAAGAGAGACAAGAAAAGGAAGAGAAGCUGAAGAAAUCUCUUGAGUGAUCUCUUGAAUCUCGAAGAGAAGAUAGUAGACGAGAGAAAGGACAGAAAAUCAAGAGAAAGGAUAAAAAACAGAGGAACCUUACGAUUAAACAGACACCCGGGGCCUCUCUUCAACAUCGUCAAGAUGUCAAUACGGCCUCUCUUCAUCCUGUUGCUUCUCGCAACGAUCCUCGACGACCUCGGCAUCGGUAGCGCCGAGAGGAUGAGCGGUCUGUACGUGGACAACGGUUUGGACCAGACGGUGGUCCAUCGUGUGGUUAGCCAGCGUGAGAAACGCGAGUUGGAACAUGAGUUUCUGAACCUCCUGGGACUCCCGGAUCGUCCGCGAAACGUCGUCGGCAGGCCUCCCCAGGUCAAGAGGUCGGCGCCCAAGUUUCUGCUGGACAUCUACAAGAAUACCCUCGGCGAGGACGAGGAAGAGAACUCCGCGGUCCAGGAUCAUCGCAAGGCUGGGGAGUUCGAUCUCAGUCGGCAGGAUCUGAAGGCGAUCGAUCAAAGCGACGCCAUCAUGAGCUUCACCCCGCGCAAUCAUCACAUCCCCGGGGUGAGGCAUGAACGUGGGAAGAGGCUCUGGUUCGACGUAUCCGAAGUAACACCUCAGGAUCAAAUAAUUGGCGCUGAGCUAAAGCUAUACCGCGUCGCGGAAUUCAAGGGUCGCAAGAAUCAUGGAUCUCACACGAUCACGGUGUAUCGGGUGUUGAAGACCGAGAAUGGGACUCGAGAAUUACAAUACGUCGAUGCCAUAAAUGUAACGACAAGCCAAGAGGGCUGGCUGACGUUGAAUGUCACUGCGGCUCUCGAUCAUUGGGUAAACAACCCCAGUGGAAAUCGAGGACUAUAUAUCUCUGUGCAUCCUGCCGAUCGUUUAGUGCACGAACUGAGACCAGAAGAUAUUGGAAUCAUAGAGUUCCGAGGUGAUCCUGAUUAUCAACCCUUCAUGGUGGGUUACUUUAAGAGUUCGGGCAGAAGAGAAGCCAAAAUUCGGCAGAAACGCGAUGCCAAAAGAAAGAAAAAGAGUGAGACCACAAGUUGGGAUUACCGGACCAAUCCUUACACUGAUCCCGGCACGACACAAUAUUAUUCGCGAACAUGCAGAAUUCAAACAUUAUACGUCAGCUUUCGCGAUUUGCAGUGGCAGGAUUGGAUUAUCGCGCCAGAUGGAUACGAUGCAUACUACUGCAGUGGGGAUUGCAACUUUCCGCUGAAUGCUCACAUGAACGCGACUAACCACGCAAUAGUUCAGACUUUGGUGCAUCUGGUGAGUCCGGGAAAAGUGCCCAAACCCUGCUGUGCGCCCACCAAGCUCUCGGCCAUCUCGGUACUGUACUUCCUGGACGAGAGUAACGUUAUUCUAAAAAAAUACAAAAAUAUGGUCGUCAAGAGUUGCGGCUGUCAUUAAAUUAUAACGAUAUUUUUUAAUUAUUAUACUUUCCGAGUUUUGUUGUUCAGACCGGAAUCUCGGUAAGUCUACAGCUAACAAAUUUAGUAAAAGCAUAACAAAGGCGAGAGAAACAUGUUUUACCUUCCCUAUACUUUAUAUAUUAAAUAAAAAUUGACAAAUGUUUUAUUACGCAACAUUAUUUUUUGUGUCUUUAACAACAGCUCUGCGGUAGCACAAGACACAAAUCUUAUUACGUUCUGUCUAAAUCCGCUCCAGCUUAUUGUCCAGCGCUAUUUGAUCUAUAUACGAUACAUAUAUAUACAUAUAUAAACAUAUAUGUAUACAUGUAUAUAUAGUUACGUAUUUCGGUAAUAUAAAAGAGAUUAUUCAUAUAAGGAUUAAUGUGUAGAUUAAAAUCAGUCAGACAAAUUGUCAACAGAAACAGUUAUUUUGAAAUACAAACAUUUCAAAUAAUAAAAUCUUUUGCGUACUAAUACGGGCAUCGCUAGUUUCCUUGCAAUAUUGCAGAGAAAAACGCAUUCGUAGAUGAAAUAUUUGCGCAAAAGAAAGAGUUGUCUGGCGAAUCGACUUAAUUCAUAAUGAAGAAUCAGUCAUCUCGGUCGUCAAUCAACGAUUACCAAAUAGUUUCUGUAUUUAUAGUAUAAGCGCAUAGAUGUAUUUAAAAUGGUGACAUAAAUUAUUAAUAAUGAAACUUGUUAGUGCGUAUUAGUUAUACAAACAUGUAAAACCAGACAAUUAUUAUAUGAUCAUGUUAGAUUCUAA